AUUCUUUUAAGGCUCUCGCCACCAUUUUGACGAUUUACUUUAAAUUUCCUCCAUGUCAUCGAAGCAUCACUCUCGCCAGACCUCUCGCCCUCGUAGCAAUACUUCCCACCACUCUAUUGGGCAAAGUUCAUCCACGGCCGCUUACAGUCGUCCUGCUCUGUACCCUGUCCGUGGCCCUACAACUGUAACAAUUUACGAGGACCCGAUAGCUAUAGAUGGAUUUCGAAGACGCUUGGAGAUUGCGAAGCGACAGGGCGAUAAGAAAUGUAUUCGGCGAAUGGAGGAGAAUCUCAGGCAUGCCGAACGUCCUCAGGUAAUGGAGCUCAAUUAUCUCGGGAUGCCCUAUACUCCCGGGACUCACGGCCCCGCUCGAAGAAUUCCUUUGGAUUUGGAUGGAUUCAACUUGGACUUUGUCUAUUGGGAUACACGACUGAUAGGAGAGAAGGUUAUUUUUUGUUGCACGGUCAUGCCACACGAUCUUGCCGCCACUACCCCCUAUGACUGGCGGGAGCACAAGGUUCAAGUCUUUUCAAUCGACCCCUUGGAUCGCGAAACGGAAGUAACCAGUGAUUACCUGAUGACUGCUGUAGCUGGCCAGAGGAUGCUUAUCAAAGUCCCAACGCGCUCUUCAACUUCGCCUUACGCAUCUCGACUUGUCGUAUUGCACCCUGAGGGGGGCCUUUUACCUAUUCUCGCCCUUUGUUAAUGGUGUUCAUUGUCGAAAGCUGGUCUCUUUACCCAUAUGGUGUCUGCCCAGAUGUAGGUAUUGAACAGAAUGGAACAAUGUUUGAUUUAUCUCUUUUGUCACUUAUGUUGACUGUAUGUACUUUCCUAUGUUUGGUAUUGUCGCUCUGACCUUCGUCGGUACUAUUGAUCUCCUUACCUCUCUAUGUGCUCCUUGUCUUCCUCUAUGCCCAUCCUUGUGACAUUUUCACCAACGGUCAGUUCAGGAAAGUACUAGUAACACGAACACUUCC